UCUCUUCGAGCUCUCGCGUUCGUCUUCCGGGUCAUCAAUACGCACCAAUUCAUCUACGCUCCCGCUGCCGUUGAACGUUGAUCCUCGCAUCUCCACGUCUCGCGCUGAUCACGACUACUGAUAAACAUGUCAGCCUUCGGAACAUCCGCGUCCUCCGGUGCUCUCGCAGGAAGAGCAUCAUACGGUCGUCAGAUUCCGUUCUGCAUCUUCGGAGCCUCGACUAUCUGCACGUCGCGCGCAGAGCGGGACACCGUCUCCUUUGGACGCAGUGCGGCUGUCUCAUGGGGCGUAGGCCGUGCAUCAGGUCAAACCGCCAACACGAACACAAAUAAGCGAAGUAUCUCUCCGCUCUCGUCUGGCUGGACUGAUCGCUACGAUACAGCGUGGAUCUUAUACCCUACUCCGUACCCCGCAUAUACCGAACUUGUAUGCCACCCAGAGGUCUCGCGAGGUUGUCUCCGCCCAACGAGUCUCAACACGAACGUCACGCCUGGCGAGAAUCUCUUGCGGCUCAUGCUUCCCGUUUGCCCUCUCGUACCCGACCCACAGCCAGGCUUCCGACCGAUACACGAGCCCCAUGGAGGGAACGCGUGUUCCGUCGACCGGCCACGUUCGUCGAUCGCUGGGGAUCCGUCACUCGCGAAGGACGUCUACGCCGUGGGCUGCCAUUCCGCGGCUCUUGUCGCACGGCAUAGAACUCCACCCUCGCCAUCGGAUGUGUAUCUAGAACCGCGGACUCGUGUCCGUACUGCCUUUCUGCCGUGUGCGCACCGACCAUGUUAUGUUCUUUGUCGUACUAGUUGCGGCGAUGCUCCGUGAAUGUAAAAUUGUUACGUUGCAUCUAUAGAAACCGCCGGAUUGUACUACAGCAAGGAAUUUGAUCGGACCGCAGGUGAUAUCGACACCCUCCGCCCUCGUACUUGCUCAUGCACUCAUGCCUCAUACGCUGUACGGCUCGAUAUAAACAUUCUCCCGCAGAUAGGUGUCCCCGGCGGAGUGCGCCGCGAUACACGUAUACGACUGGGAGAUCUUCGUUCCAUCGUAACAGUCGGAACUCGACAUGCCUGGUAGGGAGUCGUCAACCGCGCAGGCGAGUCUAGAGGGCUUCAGCAUCUCAU